AUGUCACAGAGUGCCACGCAGCGGGCCCUGGCGUGGGGUGGUGGGUGGCUGGGCGGCUGGGCAGCAGGCACGCCCUGCUCCUUCCGGCCAGCUGCUGCCUGCAUCUCACAGCACACUGGGGACACUGUUAUGGAAGCCAACCUGGAUGUUGCUGGCCGUGGGCCCCGCACAGAACUGGACGAUGAGGACUACUACCCGCAGGGUGGCUGGGACACAGUCUUCCUAGUGGCCUUGCUGCUCCUGGGGCUGCCAGCCAACGGGCUGAUGGCGUGGCUGGCCGGCUCCCAGGCCCGGCAUGGGGCGGGCACGAGGCUGGCCCUGCUCCUGCUCAGCCUGGCCCUCUCCGACUUCUUGUUCCUGGCGGCAGCAGCCUUUCAGAUUCUGGAGAUCCAGCAUGGAGGGCACUGGCCACUGGGGACAGCUGCCUGCCGCUUCUACUACUUCCUGUGGGGUGUGUCCUACUCCUCUGGCCUCUUUCUGCUGGCAGCCCUCAGCCUGGACCGCUGCCUGCUGGCACUGUGCCCGCGUUGGUACCCUGGGCGCCGCCCGGCCCGUCUGCCCCUGUGGGUCUGUGCUGGGGUCUGGGUGCUGGCCACACUCUUCAGUGUGCCCUGGCUGGUCUUCCCCGAGGCCACCGUCUGGUGGUACGACCUGGUCAUUUGCCUGGACUUCUGGGACAGUGAGGAGCUGCCCCUGCGGAUGCUCGAGAUCCUGGGGGGCUUCCUGCCGUUCCUCCUGCUGCUGGUGUGCCACGCGCUCACCCAGGCCACCGCCUGCAGGACCCUCUGCCGCCACCAGCCCCGGCCCCCCGCCCGCCCUGGCUUUGCCCGCGUGGCCAAGACCAUUCUGUCAGCUUAUGUGGUCCUGCAGCUGCCCUAUCAGCUGGCACAGCUGCUGUACCUGGCCUUCCUGUGGGACCUCUACCCCGGGUACCUGCUCUGGGAGGCCCUGGUCUACUCGGACUACCUGAUCCUGCUCAACAGCUGUCUGAGCCCCUUCCUCUGCCUCGUGGCCAGUGCCGACCUCCGGGCCCUGCUGCGCGCCGUGUUCUCCUCCUUUGCAGCCGCUCUCUGCGAGGAACAGCCAGGCAGCUUCACGCCAGCUGAGCCCCAGCCCCAGGUGGGCUCUGAGGGCCCGACUCUGCCAGGGCCCAUGGCUGCGGCCCAGCCACGACUGGAUGCCGUGGCCCUGCCUCAGGUGAGCCCCACGGCCCAGACACGGUCGGAUGCUGUGGCCCAGGAACAGCCAGUGGUUGAGGCUCACACCCCUGCCUCUGCUUCCGGCUUGGCCGCCACCCCCUGUGAUGAAGCCUCCCCUGGCCCAUCCCCAGGGCCCACCUCGGGAGCCUCGGGGAACCCAGCCACACAGGCUGUCCCUGAGGGAGAGAGCCCUGGCAGUGCCCCGCCAGAGGAAGCCUCCAGCCCAGGCCCCACGUGA